AAAUCCAUAUAUAACUUGAGGUAACUUGAAGCCAACGAAUAGUAUGAAUGUGGAAACGUCAACAACUUAACGUACCUAGUUACCUUUAUAUAUUAUAUAUGAUUUGACCAUCUCGAACGACAUUUUUGUACAAUGAAUUCAAAAGCAAGCAAGUACAAUCCUAUCAUUUAAAAUGUAAAUAUGUGUGUUUGAACUAUAAAUGUAGAUUCAGCUUUACCUUGAAACAUUUCCUCAAGUAGUUUAUGAGUUUACUGGAAUAUGCAAUAAGUAAUUUCUUAUUUCCAUUAUGGUAACUUAAUAAAAUCAGUUUUACCAAAAAAAAAAACUUAAUAAAAUCAGAAUCCUACUUUGUGUAUGAUUCGCAGACCAAAGCACAACAAUGCAAAGUUAGAUCUCAAAGCUCAAAUCAACUUAGCCUUGAAAAGUAUCAUGGAAGUUGGGAAAGAAGUUUCCACUAUGCACUCAUAAACUAGAAAAUUAUUUAUUUUUGCUGCAAGUGGGCAUUGCUUGAGAAACUAUCAACAAAAUUUAAUUGUACUAAUUAGAAAAACAUUCAGAUAUAUACAGCUACUAAAAUUUGAUUGGCCACCAAAUUACAAAUAAAAAACUUCUGGAAGGCUGAAGUUAAAAGGCAAGUUAGAGAUAGACACAUCAAUAUAACCUAAAACAAAACAUCAUAACAAUAACAGCACAAAACUAAUGGCAAAGCGACAACUAUUGAUGCUAGGAAUUAGAGCGAGCUUCCACACUCUCGCCGCCGUGCUUGUGGCCGGAGUAAUAUUCACUGCCGUGUUUUUGUCCCGAAACGGUAUGCGAAAAGAAACUCCUCAAAGCAAUGGUGUUUCGAACGUGGAAGAAGGCGAGGGCAGUGACAGAGAGUGUAAUAUUUUCGAAGGAAAAUGGGUGUUUGAUAACGAGUCAAAGCCUAUUUAUAAAGAAGAAGAGUGUAAGUUCAUGUCCGAUCAGCUGGCUUGUGGGAAGUUUGGAAGAAAAGAUUCGAGUUACCAAUACUGGAGGUGGCAACCUCACAAGUGUGAUCUCCCCAGGUUUAAUGGGACGAAGUUGCUGGAGCGGCUGAGAAAUAAGAGGAUGGUGUACGUAGGAGACUCCUUGAACAGAGGCCAAUGGGUAUCAAUGGUGUGUAUGACUAGUUCUGUGAUUACAAAUCCAAGGAUGAUGUAUUUUCACAGCAACGGCUCUAAUCUCAUCACUUUCAAAUCGCUCGAAUACAACGCGACAAUAGAUUUUUAUUGGGCUCCCUUGAUGGUGGAAUCCAACUCGGACGAUCCAACAAACCACAGGUUACCUGAACGGAUAGUUCGGAUCCAAUCGAUAGAGAAACAUGCGAGGCAUUGGACUGAAUCUGAUAUCAUUGUCUUAAACUCUUAUUUGUGGUGGUUAAGGCCUCAUAUGAAGACACUGUGGGGGUCAUUUGAGAAGUUAAAUGGAAUAUACAAAGAAGUGGAGAUGGUUAGAGUUUAUGAGAUGGCUUUGCAAACAAUGUCUCAGUGGUUGGAAGUUCACGUUAACUCCAAUCUUACCAAACUUUUUUUCAUGUCCAUGUCUCCCACCCAUGAAAGGGCCGAAGAAUGGGGAGGAAAAACUAAACAGAACUGUUACGGAGAAACUAGUCUGAUAGAAAAAAAAGGAUAUCAUGGAAAAGGGUCGGACCCAAAAAUGAUGAGAGUCGUCGAAAAUGUACUUGACGAGCUAAAAAGGCGAGGAUUGAAUAUACAGAUGAUAAACAUAACACAAUUAUCAGAGUAUAGAAAGGAUGGACACCCUUCGAUAUACAGAAAACAAUGGGAGCCACUGAAGGAAAGCCAAGUCUUGGAUCCAAGUAGUUACUCAGAUUGUAUACAUUGGUGUUUGCCUGGAGUUCCUGAUGUAUGGAAUCAGCUCCUUUAUGCUUAUAUUGUUGAGGAUCACCACUCUACUUGAAAAUUGUUCUUACACCUUUUUUUGUUUCUUUCCUAUAUUCCACUUCAAUUGUACAGCUGAUUCACUUUACCUUCAAUAAAUAUUUUGUCAUCUUUUCCA